CAGGUGUCAGCGAGAAAGCAAAUGGCGUGCAGUGACAAACGACGUUGAUUCACCGCAAAACUUAAUCGCCAAUCUCGCGAAUCUCUCUCGUUCAAUUCUCGAUCGAACGGUCGUCGUUUCUCACGGUGCAACGAUCCUUCGUAAUUUCGUGGGUUUCUUUCCCCCCCUCUCGGCGAACGUGAUAGCUGUUUCGCGAGCGGUUUUCCCGUGGAAAUCGAUAAGCUUCAAGGGUCAAACGUCGAAUCUUGCGCGCAGGUUUGUUGGAAGUGUGUGUUAUUUCUCUGCUAGAGGAUCUUCCGUGUCAAGAUGUCCACGUCUGUGACGGCCAAGCUUCAAGAUGACAUGAACAGCAUACCGUUGGCCGACGAUGAUCCUCAGGUGAUUAUUCCUGAGGAAGAGGUGUUGGAUAAUAGUUGCCACCUAGCUGAUGCGCUAGGCAGAGGACGCAGCAUGGAUUCUAUUCCAUCUGCAUUCACAAAUGGAAGCUGUAGUCCUAACAGCUUAGACCCUGACAUCAGCCCCGAUGAACAGGAAGAAAAGGCUAGAUUGAUUGCCCAAGUGCUUGAACUUCAAAACACAUUGGAUGAUUUGUCACAGAGAGUGGACAGUGUUAAGGAGGAAAAUCUGAAGCUGAGAAGUGAAAACCAAGUGUUGAGCCAGUACAUUGAGAAUUUGAUGUCUGCAUCGAGUGUUUUCCAAUCCACAAGUCCCAACACCAAGAAAAAGUGAAUUCACGUGUUCAUGCUAGAAAACAAAUGUUGAGGAA